AUGACCAAAGUUUCCUGCAAAAAACGGGAUGACUAUUUGGAGUGGUAUUUCAUGGCGGUGGCCUUUUUGUCAGCACAGAGAAGCAAAGAUCCAAAUUCCCAGGUUGGAGCUUGCAUUGUGAAUGCUGAAAUUAAGAUCGUUGGGAUAGGGUACAGUGGAAUGCCCAACGGGUGCAGCGAUGACCAGUUGCCUCGGAGUAGGACAGCGGAGAGUAAGUUGGAUACCAAAUACCCCUGUGUGUGUCACGCUGAGCUGAAUGCCAUCAUGAACAAGAAUUCGGCGGACGUGAAGGGCUGUACUAUCUAUGCUGCUCUGUUCCCAUGUAAUGAAUGUGCUAAACUCAUCAUCCAGGCAGGUAUAACCCAAGAAGUGAUUUUCAUGUCUGAUAAAUACCGUGACAGUGAUGAGACAAGAGCUGCAAGGCUCAUGUUUGAGAUGGCCGGGGUUAAGUUCAGGAAAUUCUCACCCGAGUGCAACAAGAUUGUCAUUGACUUUGAUUCAAUUAACAGCCAAAAGAGUUAGAAGCCUCAGUGAGUUCUAUC